CGGUUCAAGUUUUUAUCAAGAGUAAAAGUUCCAUUUUCAUUUCUCAUAAUCAGAUUCGUAUUCACGCGCCUAUUAUCUCGAACUUAUCCAACACGCGCGUUUAAUCAACCGUUGGAUUCUCAAUGGACGGUGGAUUAAAUUAGCUGAAAAGUAAAGCGGUGCGUUUUACGCGCUUCUUCUGGCUAGCCGCCGCACGUGUCAUGCACGUGAUAGCGCACGUUAGCUUUGACCAUUGUCUUUUGUUCUCUAUUAGUUUUUUAACACACGCCCCCUUAUUCGAUUUCUCACCCACCCAAAGCCACUCACUCUCUCUUCUCUCUCUCUGAAGCGAUGUCAUCGACGUUUCGAGCUCCGGCGGGAGCCGCUACUGUGUUUACGGCGGAUCAGAAGAUCAGACUUGGGAGGCUCGACGCUCUGAGAUCCUCUCAUUCUGUUUUCUUAGGAAGAUAUGGACGCGGCGGCGUCCCGGUUCCUCCUUCCGCUUCUUCGUCGAGUUCUUCGCCUAUUCAAGCCGUCUCCACUCCUGCGAAGCCUGAGACUGCGACCAAGCGGAGCAAAGUCGAAAUUAUCAAGGAGAAGAGUAAUUUCAUAAGGUAUCCUUUGAACGAGGAGCUUUUAACAGAGGCUCCAAAUGUCAACGAGUCAGCCGUGCAGCUUAUCAAGUUCCACGGUAGCUACCAACAGUACAACAGAGAAGAACGUGGUGGAAGAUCUUACUCCUUCAUGCUUCGAACUAAGAAUCCAUCUGGGAAGGUCCCUAACCAGCUCUAUUUGACUAUGGAUGACUUAGCUGAUGAGUUUGGAAUUGGUACUCUUCGUUUGACCACAAGGCAGACGUUUCAGCUUCAUGGUGUUCUGAAGCAGAAUCUUAAGACUGUGAUGAGCUCGAUUAUUAAAAAUAUGGGUAGCACGCUUGGUGCAUGUGGUGAUCUGAACAGAAAUGUUCUUGCUCCUGCUGCACCUUAUGUGAAGAAAGACUAUCUCUUUGCACAAGAAACUGCUGACAACAUUGCGGCUCUUCUUUCUCCUCAAUCAGGGUUCUAUUAUGAUAUGUGGGUUGAUGGAGAGCAGUUCAUGACUGCUGAACCUCCAGAGGUAGUGAAGGCUCGAAAUGAUAACUCCCAUGGAACUAACUUUGUCGACUCUCCUGAGCCCAUCUAUGGCACCCAGUUCUUGCCUAGAAAGUUCAAGGUCGCUGUAACUGUUCCUACAGAUAAUUCCGUCGACCUCCUCACCAAUGACAUUGGCGUUGUUGUUGUUUCAGAUGAAAAUGGGGAACCACAGGGUUUCAAUAUUUAUGUUGGUGGGGGUAUGGGAAGAACACACAGAAUGGAGUCUACUUUUGCCCGCCUGGCAGAACCAAUAGGUUAUGUUCCAAAGGAAGAUAUUUUGUAUGCUGUGAAGGCCAUUGUAGUCACACAGCGAGAACACGGGAGACGAGAUGAUCGUAAAUAUAGCAGAAUGAAAUAUUUGAUCAGCUCCUGGGGAAUUGAGAAGUUCAGAGAUGUUGUUGAGCAAUAUUAUGGUAAAAAGUUUGAGCCUUCCCGUGAACUUCCAGAGUGGGAGUUCAAGAGUUACUUGGGAUGGCAUGAACAGGGAGAUGGUGCAUGGUUUUGUGGGCUUCACGUAGACAGUGGUCGUGUUGGAGGUAUAAUGAAGAAGACGCUGAGAGAAGUAAUAGAGAAAUACAAAAUUGAUGUCCGCAUCACACCAAACCAAAACAUUGUCUUGUGUGAUAUAAAGACUGAAUGGAAGCGUCCCAUCACCACAGUACUUGCUCAGGCCGGCUUACUGCAACCUGAGUUUGUCGACCCAUUAAACCAAACUGCAAUGGCUUGCCCAGCUUUUCCUUUGUGCCCUCUGGCAAUAACUGAGGCAGAGCGCGGGAUCCCCAGCAUUCUAAAGAGAGUUAGGGCAAUGUUUGAAAAGGUUGGUCUGGACUACGACGAGUCUGUUGUGAUAAGAGUAACCGGUUGUCCAAACGGCUGUGCAAGACCGUACAUGGCUGAGCUCGGUCUAGUCGGGGAUGGUCCCAACAGCUAUCAGGUUUGGCUAGGAGGAACACCGAACCUGACCCAGAUAGCGAGAAGUUUCAUGGAUAAGGUUAAGGUUCACGACUUAGAGAAAGUCUGCGAGCCAUUGUUCUAUCACUGGAAACUAGAGAGGCAAACUAAAGAAUCAUUUGGAGAAUACACAACCCGCAUGGGAUUCGAGAAACUGAAGGAGCUGAUAGAUACAUACAAAGGAGUUUCUCAAUGAGCACAACAGAGAUCAUCUUUCGUUUUAUAAUUCAUGUAAUGUAAUGUCUCUGUCUGAACUGUUACUCUUCGGUAACUCUGAUGGAGAACUUGUUCUCGUUUUGGUUUGAUUUUGUACCCUCUUUUUUUUUUUUGUUUUUUUGGAUUGCUUUGUCUUUGAUUGGAUAAUGAAGCAUUACUGUAUCAAGGCUAAUUAGCCCAUCAAUAAGCCUUUUUAAAGCUCUGGAUAUGGAAAAGUCAGAACCUCUCUCUCUUAUCUCUCUAAAUUUUAGAGAGAGAGAGAUUUUGUUCGAUGUUUUGCAUGCUUUACCAGCUUAUGAAUCCGGAUGUGAUCCGGUUUUGUCGAUCUAUCUCGCUGUCCUAUCUCGCCGUCCGGUGUAUCCGGUGUUGUUUACGGCUAUCCCGUUGCCGUUCUGUUUGUUUCACCGAAUUGAUUUGGGAAACAAUUUGAUAUCAGUUUUUUCUUCUUUUCUAACUGGAAAUUUUCAUGGCCUUCUCUCGAUCCGUUCCACCACCAUCCACAAUCAGGUAAGUGUUUUGGUGUUUCGAUUGGGCGACUGUUUUAGUCUCAUCCACAUGAAUCAAUAUCCAGAUUUGGGCGAAUUCUGGGUUGCUUGACUCCUUCCAACCGUUAUAGUUGAAACGGUCCGGCGUUUUUGACGGCUUCAAUCACCUCAUUUGAGGUCCGUCUUGCCAUUCCAGGAAGUCAAGAUAUCAAUUUCCGAAGUCUAUUCUUAUUAGCAAGUGAUGACAAGAGAUCAGAAGCUUCACCUCGUGGUUGAUUGUUUGCUGACAACUUCUUUCAUGCUUUUGUUCUCGGAAAAGAUCCAGUGAUGAGAAGAGAAAGAAUUUGAAGAUUAAAUUGAAUCUUUUAUCUUUUUCGGUUUAAUAGUUGUUUGUUUUUAUAAUCCGGAGAUGUUUCCGGUUGUUCACUCGCCGGAAAUUGUGCCGGCUUCUGUCUGCAUAUUUUGCUGAAGGGGUUGUGGGUACCGGUUUACUAGGUUAUCCGGUUCACCCGGUUUGUAAGAUUGGUUUAAUGAAUAAAAAUCCCUUAUGAGAAAAAAAAA